GAUGAAGCCACAUUACUCGCGUUGCGAAUUUCACACAAGCUGAAUGUAAUUGAGCACGCCAAAGGUUUCUGGUUAGGCGCAAGCUCACUUGUGUACAGCUUCCGAAAAUUGGCUUGCUCUGAAACAGUCUCGAGUCGCAAUGCAAAGCGCGCUUCAAGCGCAGCUGCGCCAGCUCCGGCAGGACCUGUCUUGCAAUGCAAGUCUAGAUUACAUCAGUCCUCACUGCCGGGUGGUGAACCUCGGCCUGCCCUGGUGCGGUCGCCAGCUGCGAUGGCAGCUCUUGCUCGGACCGGCCAGCGGCAACGCACCCCCAGACGUGGUUUUCGAUGACGAAUCCUUUCGACCGCUCUGCUCAAACACCUUCGCCAGCGCACCCGUCGGCGGCGCCGCACCCACCACCUUCGCCGCCGCUGCGGCCGCGCUAGCAGCAGCAGCAGCCGGCGGCGGCGCCGGACCGCCCCAUGGUCGGACCGGCAGUAGCAGCGCUGGCAGUAGCAGUAGCGCGGGCUGUGGGCCGGCGGCGCUGCGGGCGUUGCUGCUGGGGUGGCCGGCGACGUCGGAGCAGCAGCAGCUGUCGCGGCCUGAGGCUCUGUCGAGGUUGGUGGCGGCGCUGCUUGAGGCUUACCGCCUGCACCAGCGGGCACGGCUGGAGGCGGCGGCGGCGCGGCUGCCCCGGCUGCAGUUCGAGCUCAGCACCCUCGACACGGGCGGAGACGCGGGAGGCGGCGGCGGCGGCGGCGCCGGCGGCGGCAUUCAAAUGGAGUUGCAGACGCAGGCGCAGGCGGCCUCGGCCUCGGCCACGGGCUCGACCUCGGGCGUGGGCUCCGCCUCAUUCUCCGGGGCGGCCGUGUUCUCGGUGCCGCUGCCCGGUGUGGACCUGACACAGCUGCUGGGGCUGGCGGCACAGCUGGGAGCCAGGCUGCCCAGCGGGCUGCUGCCGCCGCCGCCGGAGGCGGCGGCGCCGCCAGCGGGGGCUCCUUGGGCGCCAGGGACGGCGCCGAGCACAGAGCCGCAGGCGGCGGGGGCGCAGGCGGGCGAGGCCGGGGCGGUGGAGGACGGCGGUGGGGCGUUGGAGCCGCUGGGCCCCGGGGAAGAGCCGGGAUGCGGCGGGGCGGGGCUAGGGGAGCCGGAGGCGGCCGAGGGACUGAGCGUCCACCGAGGGCCGGCCAGCCCAGGCGCGGUGGCAGGGGCGGCGGCGGCGGCGGCGGCCAGGGUGGCGGCGGCAGGUGCUGGUCUUGGUAGUGGUGCGGGGCAGUCGGCGGCGGGGGUGCCGGGCGGCAAGCGGCAGCAGCAGGCGGCGGCGCUGCCGCCGCUGGUGUUGCAGGCGAGCUUCCGGCUGCCUGCGGCUGCCGCGGGCGGGGGUACGGGCGACAUGUCAGAUCCCGAGCUGCUGCUGCUGGUGCCUCCGGUGCUUGUGGACCUACAGGCGCAGAGCACCUCGCCCCUGCCGCCCGGCGUCAUCUCCGCCGCCACCGCCCUGGGUGGAGGCAGCGGCGCCGCCGCCACCACCAGUGCCACCACCACCAGUGCCACGGGUGCGGGCGGCUUCGCGCGCCGGACCAACAGCUCUGGCGGCGGCAGCCUCCCCGCAACUGGCGGCGGUUGCGGCGGCGGCGGCGGCGCUGGCGGCGGGGGCACUGCCGCGAAUGGCGGCUGCAAGAUCAGCGUGUCGUUGCUGCCGCCGUUCCUGCUGCCGCUGUGGAGCGCGCACAUGUGCCUGGCCGAGUACAUCCCACUGGCGGCGGACCGGCUGAGGCUGCAGAUCGACGCGCACUGCCUGCUGCUCAGCACGCGGCUGCAGCUGCUGUCCCUGCUGGGUGACAUGCUGGGAUCUCCCGCCCUGGAGCUCAACGCCGCCGCCGGCUCGGCCCUGUACGGCAUCGCCUGGGAGGGGGCUGCGGUGCUGCUGGGGCUGGAGCUGGGGGGCAGGUUCCCGGCGGACAAGCCCGCCAUCACGCUGCAGAGCGUGCGGAUGUUGGGCGCCCCCGACUCCUCGCGCACCUACCGCGACUACCCCUGGAGCCCGCGGUGGGCGGCGCGCGAGAUGGCAGCGCGUAUACACAACUGGGUGCAGGAGGAGCUGCCCAACUUCCUCAAGACGCGGCUGCCGCCGCCGCCGCCGACCGCCUGAGGAGCAGGAGGAGGAAGAGGACGGCGAGGAAGUGCACUUGUAGACGUGCCUGGCUGAAGGCAGUGGCAUGGGCAGUAGCAUGGGCAGUGGCAUGGGCAGUGGCAUGGGCAUUGGCAUGGGCAGUAGCAGUACAGUCGGCUCAGCUGCCGCCAGUGCCGCAGGCCCGUGGGCCUCUAGGGGCGGAGCUUGCAUCCUUGGGGAGCGGUGAGAAUUGAGCCCCAAUGCAGGCUCUCAGGCAAGGAAGAAAUCGAGCCCUUCUUGCCAGCGGUGGCGGUCUGCCCUUGAUGCACGCCCUGACAUGGGAUGCGGCGAGGCGGCGCUUGGGCGGCGGCCGCGUAGGGCUUGCGGCGGCCGCGUACGGCAGGGGUGGAGGCAGCGGCGGCGAACAGGAAUAGGGUGGGGCGCUGGCGGCGGCGGCGGCGGCGGGCCAUGGGCGGGCAGGGUGGCGUGUGCGUUGCGUACGUUGUGUGUGCGCCUGCGUGACCGAGGUCGGGUAGGCUUUUUGGUCCAGUUUCGGCGUAUGACGAAUCAUUAAUUAAAUGACAAACAAGUUAAUCUAGUAGCAACAAAUGCGUGUAAUGAGGCAUUUGC